AUGACCUCUAUAGUUGUGGCUAAUGACGUAAUGUUUCAAAAUGGGAGGUCAUUAUUCCUUCUAGAAGUUGACCCAUUGUUGAUGUCCGAAUUUAUCGAUCUUCCGUGCAUCAAUGAUGGCUGGGGCCUGAUUACGCAUCCUCGUGCUUUUUAUGUGUAUAAACUGGGAGAGCCUCAUGCCAAGGGUCUUGUCGCACGGCGGGACCCAAGAAUUUCGAAAAGAGUCGUUGACAGUUUUCCCAACGAUGAAACACGAGAUGAUGAAUUGUUUGGCCAAGUACAGGAGAUAAUUGGAAAAAAACCUACCUUGUGA